UUCAUCGGCCACACCGCUUCGUCCAUCUUCGACGCGGGCGCUGGUAUCCAGCUGAGCCCGAACUUUGUCAAGCUUAUUUCUUGGUAUGAUAAUGAGUGGGGGUACUCUCGCCGUGUUUGCGACCUCCUCGUCUACGCUGCUACUCAGGACAAGAAGGCUGGGGUUUGAGAGAAAGGGCGGAUAGUCGGAAUUGGUGAAAGGCUUUAGAUAUCAUCGAAACCAAAAAGAAAGGAAAUGUUUAUGCUGUAAUUCUAUAGGGGCUUGUCCUCAGAUUGUGCUUC